AUGGAAACAAAGUGUAACAGGAAUAAGGUGGAAAGUAUUAGGAAUAAACUUGGUUACCAGCAUAGUUUUGUUAUUGAGAGCAGGGGUUUAAGUGGUGGGAUUUGUUUCUUGUGGAAAGAUCAAAUAGAGGUGGAAUUAUUGACUUAUACUCAGCAUCAUAUCUCAUUAAAGGUGUCUGGUGAAGGUGAGCAAAGUCCUUAUUUUCUAAUAGGAUUUUAUGGGUUUCCUGAUGUUGCUAGAAGGGCUGCUAGUUGGGAGCUUCUCAGGGCCAUAAAGCCUACUAUUAAUAUGCCCUGGAUUUGUAUUGGGGAUUUUAAUGAAAUCCUCCAUAGUUAUGAAAAAUUUGGUGUAGCAGAUAGGCCUUUCAAAUUGAUGGAGGAUUUCAGAACGACCAUGGAAGAUUGUGCUUUGAGGGAAGUUCCAUUCCAAGAGCCUGUCAAUUUUGAGGAAUGCCUCCAAAAUAUACAACCUAUGGUCACUCAAGAAAUGAAUGCAGUUCUUACAAGAGGGAUCUCUAAUGAAGAAAUUGAAGGGGCUGUAUUUAAUAUGAAUGGUCUUGGUUCUCCAAGACCUGAUAGUUUUCCUGCUAUUUUUUACCAAAAUCAUUGGGGUGUGAUUGGUCCUGAUAUAUGUUCAACUGUCAAGAAUGCCUUUUUAGCUGCUGAGUGGCCUAAGGACUUCAAUGCAACUUAUAUUGCUCUUAUCCCCAAAGUGAAAAAUCCUUCAAGAGUAACUGAGUUUAGGCCUAUAAGCCUAUGUAACGUAAUAUACAAGAUCUUGGCUAAGGUUCUGGCCAAUAGGCUUAAACUAUUCUUACCUCAGUUGAUCUCUAACACUCAAAGUGCCUUUGUUCCCAACAGGUUGAUAACUGAUAAUGUAGUGGUGGCUUUUGAAGCUAUGCAUUCUAUGCAAACUCAGAUCAAAGGGAAAGAAGGGUUCAUGGCUUUAAAGUUGGAUAUGAGCAAGGCAUAUGAUAGGAUUGAAUGGUCAUUCCUUCAAGUUGUCAUGUUAAGGAUGGGAUUUGACUCUAAAUGGGUUGAUGUUAUUCUGAAAUGUGUUUCUACCGUGUCUUAUUCUGUUCUUUUAAAUGGAAUUCCUCAAAGCUCCUUUACUCCUUCUCGGGGAAUAAGAAUGAUCCAAAAUGUUGAAGGGAUUGGUGUUAUUACAGGUGUUCCAUUGGGUAGAAAUCAGGUGAGAAUAAGCCAUCUGUUUUUUGCAGAUGACUGUCUUCUUUUCUGUAAAGCAAACCCAUUGGAAUGGGCCAGGUUAUCUCAUCUUCUUGACACCUAUGAGCUGGCAAAUGGUCAAAGACUCAAUAAGGAAAAAACAUCAAUUCUGUUCAGUAAAAAUACUAAAGAUGAAGCUCGAGAUCUAAUCACUCAAGUGGCAGGAAUUCAAUCCUCUCUACCUUAUGACAAAUACUUAGGCCUUCCUGUGGAGAUUGGAAGAUCAAAAACCAAAGCCUUUAGAAGUAUUAUUGACAAAGUUAGAGGGAGGAUUAGCAACUGGAAAUUGAAGUUUUUAUCUCAGGCUGGCAAAGAGAUCCUUAUCAAGUCCAUUAUCCAAGCUAUCCCUACUUAUUGCAUGGGUGUAUUUAAGAUUCCUAAGUCUUUUCUAUUAGAAAUUGGUCGAUUGACUCAACAGUUCUGGUGGGGUCAGAAAGCUGAGGAGAGAAAGAUGCAUUGGUGUCACUGGGAUAAGAUGAUUAAGGCCAAAGCAGUGGGGGGUUUAGGAUUCAGAGAUCUUCAACACUUUAAUCAUGCAAUGUUGGCUAAACAAGGAUGGAGAUUACUUCAUUUCCCUCACUCUCUUGCAGCAAAAGUUCUCUCCUUUAAAUAUUAUCCUGAUGGCCAGUUCCUAAAUGCUACAAUUCCAAGGAACUCAUCCAUUGUAUGGAGGAGUCUUAUGGCUGCUAAACCAUUGUUGGAAGAAGGCUUAUUUUGGCGUAUUGGUAAUGGAGCAGGCACUAAGAUAUGGCACCAUAAAUGGCUGCCUAUUCCAACUUCAUUCAAAGUUCAAAGUCCUAUUACUUGUUUUAAUCCUAAGGAAUCUGUUUCUGCACUUAUUGACCAUGAAGCCAAAACCUGGAAGACUGAAUUAAUUGAUCAAGAUCUUAAAGAUGAAGUUUUAAUGGAAGUAGCUGUUGUGGCAUGGAAAAUUUGGAGAAGAAUGAAUGAUUUGACAACUAAUCCUACAAACAUACCUCAGUCGAUUCAAUGGAGUGCUCCACCUGUUAAUGUGUACAAAAUCAACUGGGAUUCUGCAGUAGAUAAAGUGAAUUGCAAAGUGGGUGUUGGGACUAUUAUUCGGGAUUGGGAAGAAAGGGUGAUUGCUUGCAUGAGGAUGUGCAUAUCUUUAUUUCCUGACCCUUACUUGGCUGAGGCUAUUGGAGCUCUACAUUCUGUCAAACUGGCUCUAGACAUUGGACUAAUACAGAUCAAAAUUGAAGGGGAUGCUAUGAAUGUAGUGAAUGACAUCAAAGGCAACAAAGAUAGCUGGAAACAUACUGGUUUGAUCAUUACUGAUAUCAAACAACUGCUGUUGAGAUUUGACUCUUUUACAGUUGAUUAUGUUCCUAGAAGUUGUAAUAGCUUUGCUCAUUGCUUAGCUAGAGAUGCUUUACACAUCAAUGAUGUCCUUGUUGACAUUGAGGAUGUUCCUUUAUGUAUUGCUUCUCUUUUGUAA